UUUAAAUGUAGGGUUAAAUUGGGUUGGGGUGAGGGUGAAGUCUUGGUUGGACAUCUAAGUGGCAGAUGGCACUGCACGACGGAGCAGUGGGAGUGGUAGAGCACUGCCGAAGUAGAGGCGUAGAUCAGAACCUGGCCGAGUUCAGGUACACCAGACGGAAGGCAAUGGGCGACAUGGGAAAACCGUCGACGCAGGCACUGCGGUGGAGAAGUCGGAGGAGCAGCUCCGUAAUGAGAUCGAUGAGCUUCUCCGCCAACAGCACGAGAUUACAGAGCGGCUUCAUGAUCCUCGAGGCCUUUGAAGGGAUCCCUUCUCAGCUCCUCGCCGACAACCCUUUCCUCCCCAUGUCAAUCUCACUCCCCCUCUCCCUUCUUUUCUAGAGCAGAAAAUAUUAUAUUUCUUGUAAUCUGAGUUUAGGGAUUUGGUUAAAUAGUGUAAUUUGACAUACAAGGAGACAGGAAUGGACCGGAA